UCCACGCAAAAACCCAGCAGCACAGGAAGUGCAAGUCAGUCUGAGGUUUCUCAGCAGCCCAAGCUGAAGGCAAGGAGCAGAACCAGACUGUCUGUCUCUCUCUCUCUCUCUCUCUCUCUCUAGUUCUUCAUUCCCACAUUUGCUUCAUCUGUCAGCGUCCCGCUUGCAUCUAUCGCCGGAGUCUCACUUCUUCCCGGUCACUUUUACCCGGCAGCAGACUGUCUGUGUGUCAUCUGCUGCGCUAUGUCUGGAUCUGGGCGGCAGCACGAGGAGUUGGACAGCAGUAACGGGCCACAUGUGGCCCAUCUGAGGAGACUGGUCUGGCUGUUGCUAGUGUGGUCCUUCUUCAUGACUCUGGGCGUCGCUGUCUCCAUCUCUCUCCAGUUCAUCCUUCCUAGACCUUCCAACAAAGUGGUCCCAGACAAGAGCAACCACCCUGAACUAAUAACGUAUGAUUUCUCUGAAUCCACAGACAGAAGUGCUGAUGGAAGUGUUGAACUGAAGUGGAAAAAUGUUAAAGGCAAUGUUAAAGUGGAAGUGCAGGAGGAUGGCAAUUAUUUCCUCUACCUGCAAGUGACCCUGGAGAACCUGAAGCCAAAUGUGACCUACACAGUUAAGUUGGACAUUUUACAUGAAACAGACAAAAGCCUCAAAUCAGAAAAAACUAUCUUAGAGAGACAUAUUAAUGGAUCACGGUCUACAGGAUUUAUGGGAAAGGGAUUCCUUAUAUCUGGAGGAACUAUUUUGAAGGUUACCUGCAGGCCUUCAGUCAGACUGGACAAGGCAAACACGUACCUGGGCAUAAUAAAACUCAGCUGAAGUCUUCCUUGUCUACUGCCUGCAUGGAUGUAAUGUUGAGGGUGACAGUGGUAAUGUACAGACUGAUUUUCUAUCUGGGAAACUGAGUUCACUUUUCACUGAAUUACGUCUGCACCUUUGUAGAAGAACACAUUUAUAAAUGUUUCUUAAAGGCCAGAUUCAUGGAAAAUGAUUUGUUAGUUCCUCAUUCUCGUACCUCUCAUUAAGUGUCUUUAAGAUUUCUCCUCGAAAGACUAAAAACAUUCCAUUCAUACCCAUUAAUCAAGUCUAUAUUUUUAAAUACUAAAAAGUCAAGGAAGUCCAGCAUAUUUUGCAGCAACUCUAGGAUCAAUUUGAACUAACUUCAUAAAACCGUUGGCAAAAAAGUCUGUAUCAUCACAAUGUUUAAUGAAGGAGUACAUUUCCUGUGAAUCUUCUCUUUAAGUUGUAGUUUUUUUUCUCCAUUUUUGUGGCUCUG